AUGAUACCUGGAGAAGACGGCCGUUUGAACGGCGUAAGCAGCUGUCCGCUCGCAGAGGAGUGGCCUCGCGGCCUGGUGGCUAAGGGAACCGAGGUGGAUCCAGGUGUUGUUGGUGCCGAAGAGCCAGAAUCAAGCGAAGCAGACGACGACAUGCUGUUCAGCUGCUCGAUGUGCUCGCUUUUGAGCCGGUUGAUCACAUCCUUGUUCUGUUUCUCCAGAACAGCAAGGUUUCUGAACUGGAAUGAGCCAAACUCAGACGAGCCGCCGCUGUCGUUCAGUCGGGAGCCUCUUCUUUCACGCUUCACAGACAUCGAACCGUGCUUAGAGAGAUUCGUCUUUGGAGAGUCCAGUGUGGUGGACGACGAGCUCGAGUUUGGCAAUGUGCACUCCUCCAGAGCAGUUUCCGUUGGCUCUUCAGUAAACUCCUCGCUCGGGAACAUGCUUAGCUGGGCUCCUCGAGCAUCAAAGUACUCUGUAGACUCUGGAUCCUCGUUAUCGGGCACAAACGACGCUUCUUCCGUGAACAACGUGUCCCAGUUGAUGCCAUUGAAGUAUGGGUGCCGCAUGAUUUCUUGCGACCCGCCGCUACCGAGACGAGAAGCAGGGUCUUUCACAAGAAGCCGUUUGAUGAGAUCUUUCACAGUAGGUGAACAGUACUCGGCAAACUCUUCUGGAGGAAGAUUCGGCCAUUGGAUUUCUCCGUGA